GCUAGCUAACGCGUUAGCUGGAGACAGCUGGCUAACGUUACCUGACAGCCAUUGUAAGUAUCUGCUGCUGAGUGUUACCGGACUUUGGAAAGAAUAGGCGAUAUAACUACCAAUUACUUUCUCGUAUUCAUUCAUCCAGACAGCUAGCUAACUAGAAUAAUGUUAGUUAUCUUACAGAAAGACGCAUUCAGCAUCCUUACCUCUCCGACUUAGAAAACAAGCAGAAUGUUGGGGGAAUGCGGUAUGCUGGAACGAGACAAAAGGGGGCUUCGGAAAUACGCUGUGACUCUCUGCAAAGAGAUGGUGGUAGACGAGCUGUUCGUUCAGUCGCUGCAGACAGACGACAUUCUUACCGACAGCAUGGCAGAAGGCAUCCUGGCGGAGCCGACCUCCCACAAGCGGAGUUGGCGUCUGCUAUCCCUGCUCCCCAAGCGUGGUCCCAGAGCCUUCAGCAGCUUCUGCUCAGCACUGAGAGACACAGAGCAGCAGCACCUAUGUGCCCUGCUCACAGAUUCACCAGAGAGGGACGGAGAGAGACAGUGUCCCCAGACAGCUAGGGCGAAAGACAGGACUGAGGGGGUGAGUUCCACAAAAUACCCAAUCCAAGCUUCAGACCGCUACGCCCCAUUCACAAAGACCCCAGUCAAAGAUAGUGGGGAAGAGGGGGUUGAAGAGAAAGAGAGAUAUGUGGACUCUCCCCUCCCACUGCCCACCCAGGAGGGGACGGUUUCAGCCAAGAGAGCCAGAACACAAGAGUCAAUGGAGAUGUGUCUGGAUGCAGACAGUCCCAUCACCAGCCCUGUUCUUCCCUGUACACCAGACUUCUACCUCUCACACUGCCAACAGUCCUAUAGUAUGGUAUCCAGUCCUCGUGGCCUGGCCUUGGUGAUCAGUAACGUCUCCUUUGACCCCUGUGCUGCUCCUGACCUGGACUCCAGGAAGGGAGGGGAGGUGGACGAGGAGGUCCUCAGGAAGGUGUUCACUGAGCUGGACUACAUAGUCACCGUCCGGAGAGACCUCACAGCUCAGGGCAUGCGGGCGUGCAUUGAGCAGUUUGGCAGACAGCAGCAGCACCAGACAGUAUCCAGCUGUGUGGUGUGUCUGCUGUCCCAUGGAGUAGAGGGGGCUAUCUACGGCACAGACGGACAGCUACUGGAGUUGGACUGGGUGUUUGAGGCGUUUGACAACGCCCACUGUCCUCUACUGCAGAAUAAACCCAAGAUGUUCUUCAUUCAGGCCUGCAGAGGAGAGGAGAUGGACUGUGGGGUGGAGCAGUCAGACGGGCCAGAGAGGACCCAGUCUCCUGGCUGUGAACAGAGGGAUGCAGGGAGGGAGGGAGAGGGGGAUGGAGACACCAGGCAGAUGGAGGAGAGAGGCAGGCUCAGAGUCAAACUGCCCCAGCGCUCCGACAUGAUCUGUGGCUUCGCCUCCCUCAAAGGCACUGCAGCCAUGAGGAACACCAAGAGAGGAUCCUGGUUCAUCCAAGAGGUCAACUCAGCGCUCCGCUUCAGAGCCAGAGACACACACCUAUCAGACAUACUGGUGCAGGUGAAUGGUCGUAUUAAAGACAGAGAAGGCUAUGCUCCUGGCACCCCCCACCAUCGCUGUAAGGAGAUGUCUGAAUUCACCAGCUCCCUCUGCAAAGACCUCUACCUGUUCCCCAAGUACCACCCUCAGUACUGACACGCACACAUUUCUGCACCCCUACAGCACCACACAUACCGCACCCACUACUGACACACACACACAUACUGUUACACGCACUCACUGAGGAUUAAUUCAUUUACGUUUGUUGUGCAAAUUCCCUCUCACAGACAAACUCUUUGGAAAGGAAAAUGGAACAAGUUGUUGUAAGUCUGUGUGCUUGUUAAUGGGCAUGAAGUAUACAUGACUGGUAUGCAGCUGAUGUGUGUACCUACCUAUCAGCUAGGCUUGCUAUAUGUGUAUCUGUGCCAGUUAGAAAUGGGAUUGAAAUGUUCUAGGAAAAUAUUUUAGCUCGCUAACACACCAGAAUAUAUUUAAAUGUAUCGCUUUUAAUUUCUUACUAAACAGUAACUUUUGGGUUUGAAGAUUAUUCUUUUUUUAAACAUGUAUUUUGUAUGCAGAUCUAUUUUUAUCCAUUUAUUUUGUAUCAAAUCAUUUGAAGCUCUUUUUUGUAAGAAUUGUAAAGCCCUUGUCUCCUUUUUGUAUUGAAAAAUGUUUAUUAUAAAAUGCAUGUCAUUAUAUGCAUUAGAAUAGGAAAUCCCCCUGACCAAAUGAAGGUGUGUCCAUCUGAUGGGCAGACAGGUGGUGGUGUAAAGUUAUUGGCUGAGGAUGCAGCAUGGAGGGAGCUGCAUUUCAAUACCUUACUGUUUUUACACCCUCCUAGUAAUCCGAGUCUUCCACUGAAGGAUACUGGAACAAGUAAGAUAUGAUAUUGGGAGUUUCAGGUUUGUUAGCAAUGAUUUGAUGUGUUAUUGAGGCAACAAGUGUACUGCAUUCCAUUUGAAUAGAAUGAAGUCAUGACCAUUUCUCUCACAAACAACUGUCCUCCUCCCCCUCCCAUCUGUCUACCUCCAUAAGGGGGUUACAGUCUAAGGCACUGCAUCUUAUUGCAAGAAGCGUCACUGGUUCGAAUCCAGGCUGUAUCACAUCCGGCUGUGAUUGGGAGUCCCAUAGGGCAGCGCACAUUUGGCCCAGCGUCGUCCGGUGUAGGCCGGUGUAGGCCGUCAUUGUAAAUAACAAUUUGUUCUUAAUUGACUUGCCUAGUUAAGGCACGUAGGUUAAUUAAUGUUGUAACUACAUUGGUAACCAGACUGUUAUUACUUAGAUGUGAUGAAAUGAAUUAUAUUAGAAUUCUAUGUAACUGCUUGUCAUCUCUGGUCAACUUGAGACCUAAGUUAUCCACUGUCAACGUUUGCUUGACCAUUAAGAUUUCAGUUCACAAGAUGGAUGUACAUGGAUGUUUAAAGAUAUAUGGAUUGAUUUUAAAGCACCUACAGUAUUUUCCUUUUAGAUUUGAUAUGCAAUAUUCCAUAGCAAUGUGUGCCAUGUGAAAGAUGGGUUAAGUAUUGUCUUUAAAAUACUUGGUUUAUCAUUUACAUAGGACGACGCAUCACAUUCAAGUGUAUGAGCAGCAAUAUUGAUGUUUCUCAGAAUGAGCAGCAAUGUGUUUAAUUUUAACAGUGUUGUAGGGAAGAGUGACAUGACAGGAACAGUAUGAAUUGAGCUGUUGACCAACCAAUCACAGAGUCAGCGCGUAGUGCUCAUCUUUAAAACCAGUUCUACAGAGAUCCUGUUAAAUUAGUAUUGUAAUUCUAUGGACAGUUCACCCCAAAUUCAAAGUGCCAGAUGUUUGUUAAUGUUUUCCAUUCGGUUUGAUGCCUCUAGUUCGGUUUCAACUAACUUAAUGUGUACAAUAUAGCAUCUACACAACCGGUGUGGUGACAAAGUCAUAUUUGUUAUUGUAAAUGUUCAGAAAGUGGAUUUUGUGGUGAAGUAGGUUAUCCCUUGAAAGUGAAGUACUGAGGGCUGGGAUUCACUGCCAUAAGCUAAGGAGCUGCUGGGGAUAGAGGGAGAAGAUGACUGUAUUUAUAUUUUAAACAAAGACUGCCAAAUGUUCAGGAAAAUAAACAGCCUUUUGUUUUUUCUAUGAA